AUGGCGAAGGAAGAUGAGAAGAAGCCCACGGCCGCCGACAAGGGCAAGGGCAAGGCGCCGGCAAACACCGACGCGGACAAGAGCAAGGAUGCAAAGCCAGAUGCUGACGACAAGAAGGGCGGUGUUGCGACAACUGGCGAAGAGCUUAGCGAGGAAGACCAACAGCUCAAGAGCGACCUGGACAUGCUGGCAGAGCGGAUACUGGGAUCCGACACCAGCCUCUACAAGCCCGCGCUCGAACAGAUCAAGGAAUUCAUCAAGACAUCGACGAGUUCCAUGACGGCCGUGCCCAAGCCGCUCAAGUUCCUCCGACCACACUACGAGGCCCUAGAGAAGGCCUACGCAUCAUGGCCUGCAGGCGACAACAAGCGCUCGCUCGCCGACAUGAUGUCUGUUCUGGGAAUGACGUAUUCUGACGAGGACCGCCUCGACUGCCUCAAGUACCGUCUUGAGGCGCCCUCAACAGAUCUCGGCUCCUGGGGCCACGAGUACAUGCGCCACCUUGCGCUGGAAAUUGGCACAGAGUACCAGAACCGCCUCAAUGACGACAAGUCGACCGACGAUGUCACCGACCUUGCCUCGAACCUCGUCCCCUUCUUCCUCAAGCACAACGCAGAGGCGGAUGCCGUUGACAUCCUGUCUGAGCUGGAGAUGAUUGAUCAGAUUGAGCAAUACAUUGACGACAACACAUACUCGAGAGUCGCUCUAUACAUGGUCAGCAACGUACCCCUGCUCACUUACCCGGACAACGACAAGUUCCUCCGCACCACCUACCGAAUCUACGCCAAAUACAAGCAGUACACACAGGCAAUCGUCAUCGCGAUACGAUUGCACGAGACCGAUCUCAUCCACGAAGCCUUCAACGCCACCAAAGACAAGUCAAUCCGAAGACAGAUGGCCUACCUUUGCGGCCGACAGCGGAUAUGGCUCGACGUCUCCGAAGACGAAGACCCCGAGCUCCAGGAGUGCAUCAACAACACGCGCCUGCCUGAUCACUUCAAGGCGCUGGGCAAGGAGCUUAACAUUCUAGACCCCAAGACCCCGGACGACAUCUACAAGACACAUCUUGAGAGCAGCAGGACUGCCGGACUCACCAACACCGACUCUGCCAGACACAACCUCGCCUCCGCCUUCGUCAACGCUUUUGUCAACACCGGCUACGCAAAUGAUAAGCUCAUGCUUAACGAGAACACAAAGAGCAGCUGGGUCUGGAAGACCAAGGAAGAAGGCAUGCUUUCUACAACCGCAUCUUUGGGUAUGCUCAUGCUCUGGGACGUAGAAGAGGGUCUCGAUAAGGUCGAUCCCUACACACACGUUGAGGACGACAUGGUCAAGGCCGGUGCCAUGCUUGCUACCGGAAUCUUCAACUCCGGCGUGCGCAUGGACUCAGAUCCCGCCAUGGCCCUGCUGGGCGACGAGGACAACAUCAACUCCAAGAACAAGAAUAUCCGCCUCGCUUCCAUCAUGGGUCUAGGUCUCGCCUAUGCAGGGUCAAAUAAGGAAGACCUUUUGGACAUCCUAUUGCCAAUCGUCAGCGAUACCAGCCUUGAUAUGCAGCUCUCUGCCAUGGCAGCGCUGUCUCUCGGUAUGAUCUUUGUUGGUUCAGCCAAUGGAGACGUCACAGAUGCCUUGAUGAACACACUCUUGGACGAGGACCGAACGAAGCAGCUCAAGGACAAGUGGACCCGAUUCAUGGCUCUCGGUCUUGCGCUACUUUUCUUCGGCCAGCAAGAAGAGGUUGACGUCAUUUUGGAGACACUGAAGGCGCUCGACCAUCCCAUGGCCAAGUCAGCCUCUGUACUCACCGAAGUAUGCGCGUGGGCAGGUACGGGUGCUGUGCUGAAGAUUCAGCAACUGCUCCAUAUUUGCAAUGAGCACAUCGAGGACGAGAACGAGGAGAAGAAGGGUGACGAGCUACUACAGUCUUACGCUGUCAUUGGUCUCUCACUAGUCGCCAUGGGCGAGGAUGUUGGCCAAGAAAUGAUCCUCCGCACACUCGGCCACCUGAUGCACUACGGCGAGGCUAACAUCCGCAAGGCUGUGCCUCUCGCUUUGGGUCUCAUCAGCCCUAGUAACCCGCAGAUGAAGGUUUACGACACUCUUUCGCGUUACUCUCACGACAACGACAAUGAUGUCGCCAUCAACGCCAUCUUCGCCAUGGGUCUCUGCGGUGCUGGUACCAACAACGCUCGUCUCGCACAACUGCUCCGCCAAUUGGCUAGCUACUACCACCGUGACCCCAACGCUCUCUUCAUGGUACGCAUAGCACAAGGUCUGCUACACGCAGGAAAGGGCACACUAUCCCUCAACCCAUUCCAUACCGACCGUCAGGUAUUGUCUCGCGUAGCGGCUUCGGGUCUUCUCACUGUUCUUGUUUCCCUGAUCGAUGCCAAGUCAUUCGUUGCUGGUGACUCACAUUACCUUCUCUACUACCUCGCUACCGCCAUGUCACCGCGCUUCCUCAUCACGCUUGACGAGGACCUCAAGCCAUUGACGGUCAACGUCCGCGUUGGUCAGGCUGUCGAUAUUGUUGGCCAGGCUGGUAGGCCAAAGACCAUCACCGGAUGGCAAACACAGAGCACGCCGGUACUGCUGGCGCACGGCGAGCGAGCCGAAUUGGAAGACGAGAAGUACCUUAGCCUCACCAACGUACUGGAGGGCGUGGUCAUUCUGCGAAAGAACCCAGAGUGGGAGGACUGA